AUGGUAAAAUGUAAAAAUUCUAGCUCGUUGGGUCCCAUAUCACGAAAUAUUAUAUGUUUGACACUGGGUCUAUUAAUCGGCAUAAGAUUGACAACAUUUUGGUAUGAUUUACAAGAAGGUGAUGUUGAUGAAUUUUUGGCAGAUGCUGUUGAAACAACAACAACAACAACACCUUCCUCAUCACCAUCUCUACAGGAAUAUGAACAAUUGUCACAACAAUUAUUUAAUAACACUCGAGUUCUAUGUUGGAUAAUGACCAGUCCCAAAAAUCAUCACCACAAAGCCAUACAUAUCCGUCAAACGUGGGGUACACGUUGCAAUAAACUAUUAUUUAUGAGCACAGAGCGUGAUGAAGAAUUGCCAAGUGUUAAAUUGGAUGAUGUUGAGGAAGGGCGUCAUAAUCUUUGGAAUAAAACCAAAAAGGCCUUGAAAUAUAUUUAUGAUCAUCAUUUUGACGAUGCUGAAUGGUUUUUAAAGGCUGAUGAUGAUACCUAUGUUAUUAUGGAAAAUUUACGCUAUUUCCUAUAUCCGUAUUCCCCAGAAAUUGCCAUUUAUUUUGGAGCUAAAUUCAAACCCUAUAUAAAACAAGGUUAUAUGUCCGGUGGUGCAGGCUAUGUUUUAAGUAAAGAGGCCCUCCGCAAAUUCGCCUUAGAAGCCUAUGAUAAUCCUCUUAACUGCCCGAAAUUAUUUCAAUCUGAAGAUGUACAAUUGGGUUUUUGUAUGGAAAAUCUUAAUGUUAUAGCUGGCGACUCUCGCGAUGAGCAGGGUUAUGAACGUUUUAUGCCGCUGGCCGUUAGGCAUUUAAUACCAAAAGAUACUUCGUAUUGGUAUCAAAAUUAUGCCUAUUAUCCUCCGAAACAGAAUGGUAGCUGUUGUUCACCUAAUGCUGUAUCAUUUCAUUAUAUAAAACCUAAUGAGUUUUAUGUUUUAGAUUAUUUAAUUUAUACUUUAAGAGCUUUUGGAGUUUUGGGUAAUUUUAGGCAUAGUUUACCCGAGAAAUUAAAUGGAACUGAAGGCGUAAACAUAACGGCUAGAUAAGUUUAGGUUAUAAGUUAAAUUUUGUGUAAAUAUUUCUAUAGUUUUUAAGGUUUUCUAUACAAUUUAAGAACCGGGCGGUUAGUUUGUAUGUCUCCGACGCGAAAGAAAAAGCUUUCGAAAUUCAAUGUUUAAACAGAGUAUUUGAACUCCAUAUUAGGAUUCGGAAGAAGAAGGUUUUGAAAUUUAAUAUUUAACAGAGAAUUCGAAUGUUUUUGUUUUUGAAACGAGUUAAGGAGGAACAACGUUUUUGGUUUCGAAAGUUUUGGGUUUUAAAACGAGUUACGAAGCAACUCUGUAUUUGGAUUCGAAAAAAAAAAACUUUUGAAAUUCAAUAUUUAAACAGAUUAUUUGAACGUUCUAGAAUUGAAACAAAUUACGGAGCAACUCCGUAUUAGGAUUCGGAAGAAAAAGCUUUUGAAAUUCAAUGUUUAAACAGAGGAUUCGAAAGUUUUAAGAGGAACAAAGUAUUUGGAUUCGAAAGGAAAAACUUUUAAAAUUCAAUGUUUAAAUGGAGGAUACAAAAUUUCUUAGGCUUGAAAUGAGUUACGGGACAACUCCGUAUUAAGAUUCGGAAGAAAAAGCUUCUGAAAUGUUUAACAGAAAAAUCGAAAAUUUUUGUUUUUGAAUCGAGUUAAGGAGCAACAAAGUAUUUGGGUUCGAAAGGAAAAACUUUUGAAAUUCAAUGUUUAAACAGAGGAUUCGAAAGUUUUUUGUUUUUGAAUCGAGUUAAUUGGA